GGGGGGGUGUCAAUCGGAGCAGGAAAUGACGUGUUUGUUUUUCAGGAAGUAGCUGUCAGGCAGAAUGGAGUUAGGGGGCUGCAGGAUUGCGUUUGAGAAAGAUGGAGUCUAUUUACACACCAGUGCAAAGCGGCAUCCUGACCAGGAUUCCCUCAUACCUGGAGUUAUCCGCAUCAUUGAGAAGGGUUCAGAUACUUUACUACAAUGGACCCCUGUGGAAGAAUCUUCAGAUACUGCUCAAAUCAUGUACACUAAAAAGGAUACCAUUGGCCCCCAAGCUGAGGAAGAACACUUUGAUCCAGGAUAUGAACCAGACUGGGCUGUAAUCAGUACUGUGGGGACAAGGUCUCGGGUUCAGGAGGAAACUGCUGUUUCUGGGUCAAAAUCUCCAGUCCCUCGUGGUCAGUGGGCCUUCUCUCUCAGCUUGUCUGAUCUGAAAUCCAUCCGUAAGAGUAAACCAGGCCUCGGCUGGUCGUUCCUCAUCUUCAUCACCAAAGAAGGCAUUUCCAUUCAAGCUCUGCAUUUCCACCGUGGAGGCACGAAGGCCCUUCUCAAAGCUCUUUGCAAAUAUGUUAUAUUAGCCACCUCCCCCAAAGAUUCUCGGCUCUACCUGGUUUAUACACAUGACUCAGAUGCUCUUUCUCAUUCCUUUGAUGAGCUUCAACUCUUUGAUGACAGUUCAUCAAAUCUAGUAUCGCGAUUCCUGCAGGAUCCUUAUGCUGCCACGUUUGGCGGCUUCUCCAAAGUUACCAAUUUCUUCCGUGGAGCUCUGCACCAGGAAGAUGGGCUCACCCACCAUUCACUUGGUGACUCAGCAGCUGCCAAUGUGGAGGAAGAGACAGGCUUUGAAGUCAUCACCUGUCAGGCACAACUAGGAGAACGGCCCACUGUUCAAAGGGAGACCCCAGUUACCGAGCAGGAAUGGGAACAACAUCUGGAUCCUGAUGGACGUGUACUGGAUCCCAUUGGAUUGCGGAAAAGGAUCUUUGCUGGGGGUCUCAGCAUGUCAUUACGUAAGGAAGUGUGGAAGUACCUUUUGAACUAUUAUUCCUGGGGCAACACCAGCGAAGAGAACAAGGCACAAGUGAGACGGAAAACAGAUGAAUACUUCCGCAUGAAGUUACAGUGGAAGUCGGUCAGCGAGGAACAGGAGCUCCGGAACUCUUUACUGCGAGGUUAUCGCAGCCUUAUUGAAAGAGAUGUCAGUCGCACAGAUAGAAACAACAAAUUCUAUGAGGGCAGUGAGAAUCCUGGACUGGUACUCUUGAAUGAUGUGUUGAUGACAUACUGCAUGUACAACUUUGAUCUAGGGUAUGUACAAGGCAUGAGUGAUCUCCUGUCCCCCAUUCUCUAUAUUACCCAGAAUGAAGUCGAUGCCUUCUGGUGCUUCUGUGGUUUCAUGGAACUGGUGCACCACAAUUUUGAAGAAAGCCAGGAGUCCAUGAAACGCCAGCUUUCCCAGCUCACCUUGCUUCUUAGAGUGCUGGAUCCCCCACUCUGUGACUUCCUAGACUCGAAGGAAUCUGGCAGCUUAUGUUUCUGUUUCCGAUGGAUCUUGAUCUGGUUCAAGAGAGAAUUUCCCUUCUCUGAAAUUCUUCAGCUUUGGGAGGUAUUAUGGACAGAAUUACCUUGCCCUAAUUUCCAUCUGCUGGUGGCUUGUGGUAUUCUGGAUGCAGAGAGACAGGCUCUUAUGAACUCUGGUUUUGGCUUUAACGAGAUUCUCAAGCAUAUUAAUGAACUGACCAUGAAGAUGAGCGUGGAAGACAUCUUAUGCCGGGCUGAGGCAAUCUACAGGCAGCUGGUUUCUACUCCAGAUUUACCACGUAAUGUCCAGGAACUGCUGGGCCUCUCCGAGAGCAAAUCUCCCACCUCCAGCACUGACACAGCCAGCUCCCCACAGCCACUGUCACCCAGUCAGGUGCAGGAGAUGGACUUGACUGACAGCGUUUCCCCAAGCCAGCCAGACAGCAGCAUCGAAAUUCUUCCUGCGGAGGAUGCCUCCACCUCUCAGAGCCUGUCUCCAUGAAAAACUCACACCGCCACAACCAUCUUCUUAACACAAGCACUUUAAUCAGAGCAGGGGGUGGGCUAGGAGGGAGGCAAGUCAGAGGGCCUUGCAAAGUUAUUUUCUUCCUAGAGUUCAAAUAGUUGUAGGAAUAUCAAGUCUCAAUCACAGCCAGCGGGCUUAGUGUGCACAGUGUGCCUUUAUCCGUAACAUAAGGCUUCCUUGAAAAGUCCCAGGUCUUGGCCCGAAAUUGAUUUUCACUUUUGGUUUAUAUAAAAAGAUAGAAAGGAGCAGACUAGUAGCUGUUGUCCCAGUGGUCUUCUGAUUUGUAUUCCGAACCUCAUAAAUCCUGUUUUUUGCUGUCUUGUCUUCCAACAUUUAUUUUCCCCCUCCCAGUUUUAGGUUUUUUUGGCAGCAGGUAUUGUUUCUGCCGAUUUGAAGCCGCUGCCUUGACUUACAGGAUUUAGUUGGAGAUGCCCAAGCUAUAUGCAGCUAAGCAAAAAUGCAGGAAAGCUGAUUAGAACAAUUCCUUAGUGGAGAACUAAAUAUUGCAGAAAUGUUCUCUCGGGGAAAAACACAGAAUCAGAGAUUUCCAGGAGUAGAGACCAGAAGGCCCAACUCCUAAGAUAUUUAGUAUUUUGCCAAGGAAUUCCUAUUGAUAUGCUGCCUCGUGCUUCCUUCCCACAGCUGGAGGUUCAUCUCAUGGCCUGCUUGCUGCUUUCUCUUUAAAACAUGAUUAUAAACUAACUGCAAUACAUUGAGGAAGGAUGUCAGACUUUGUUCUUCAGUGCCUCUAUAAUCCAGCAGGCACAUGGAUCUGAAACUUUGUGUGCAUACGCAGACUAUUCUCCUUCCCACCAAACAAUCUUUCUUGGUCCUUAUCUUGCUUCCCUCCCUCUUUAUAAAAUACAUUAAAAGUAUUGUGUCAUUC